GGGAUCCCAAAUCCCCAUUUUUCUCCUGCGCUUUGUCACAUAACUUAGGGCUGCAGCAGGUGCACAUACAUGCCUUAGGCCAGUGGUUUUCAGUCUUUCUACAUCUGAGGCAGCCCUCCAUAAACUCUUGAAUUUGGCAGUGCUCCAUUUCAAAACCUAACUUCAUUUACAUUUUUUUACUUCUGAAAAUAAAGCAAUUAAUCUGUUGCAAAAAACUCAAGUCACGGCAGGUCAGAGGGCUUGUGGCGCUAUGGCCACCUGUUUGAAAUAUCUGAAUUUGUGUUGUGAAUCAUGUGUAGGUGUUUGCACAUCUAAGGAUGCUAAUAUUGCCAAACACCCUGAAAAUGAUUGUGUGGCACCCUGGUUUUGCUUUAAGUACUUCAGCUGUCUUUUUCUGGGUACAGGUUCAUUCUUCUCUAUCGAGAUGUGGCUGGAGGAAUAGGACCUGGUGAUGAUAUCUGUCAUUAAAGUAAUAAACCAUUGGUUAUGGUGCUUUCUCAGGAAGUGAGAGACCUAAAUUGUAGGUAGUUCUCAUCCUAGGGGAGUUGGGGCAUGGGUUUUAAGACUGGGCCUUAAUUGUCAGGCUAGAGGGAAAGCUAGGUUUGGACAGCCUCUGCCUCUCUUGAAGCUGGGCCAGAGAGAAAAUAAUCAACAUGGAGCCUGCAUGUGUCCCAUGGAUCAAGCUUUGAUUAGUCUGUCCUUUGGAGGGGCAGUUGGACUAAUGUUUCUGAUGCUUGGAUGUGCCCUUCCUCAGUAUAGCAAAUAUUGGCCAUUGUUUGUUCUGUUUUUUUACAUCCUUUCUCCUAUUCCAUACUGCAUAGCAAGAAGAGUAGUAGAUGACACAGAUGCUGCAAGUAAUGCCUGCAAGGAGCUAGCAAUAUUUCUUACAACAGGCAUUGUUGUCUCAGCAUUUGGGCUCCCUAUAGUAUUUGCCAGAGCAGAAUUGAUUUUAUGGGGUGCAUGUGCACUUGUCCUCACAGGGAAUACAGUCAUUUUUGCCACCAUCCUAGGAUUUUUCUUGGUCUUUGGCAGCAAUGACGACUUCAGCUGGCAGCAGUGGUGAGAGGAGUUUAGCAGAGAACUGUCAUAGACAUCUUGUCAUUCAGUGGCCAUCCAUACAAGUGAGAGAAUGGGCAAUAAAGAGAAGUAGCAUAGCAAGCCUUUGGGAGUAUUUUAGAUGCUCCUUUUCACCUUGUUUGUUGUAAGUGUACUAUUUCUUCUGGUUUGCUAAUGGAUUUCAAGGUUUUUAUUAUGUGGAAAGACGCUUUGUUUUUAUUUGUCUAUAGUAUGUUUUUAGUAUCUCUUGACUUAAAUUUAUAAUUAUUCCUAUUCUGUUUUAUGGUUAUGCAACAUUUAAAUGCUGGAACAAGAAUGUUUAAAUGUGUUUUGGGUUAAAAGUUUAUUUUAAAAACAACAGUGAUAUCAAGUUAAAGAUAACAUGUAUCUUUUAUUUUUGACCACGGUGACUAAAAUAUGAUGCAUAAAGGAUAUAAGUUAAGCAAUCAUGUAACCAACAUGGCACCAUUCUCAGUUAGCAGAAACGGUGGUGGUGGUUGUAUUUUGGUGGCAUUAGGGAAGGAAAGGAAGAAUCACUUGCAGGCUUUUUUUUUUCUGCUGCUCAGACCUCAUUAAGGCUGAAGAAUGUUGAUGCUGUUAACUUGAGGAUUGGGUGACUGCUCUGCCUAUAAGCAGAGUUAUUUUCUGGGAUUUCAAAAUGUAAACACCUUUGAAAGGAGCACUUUCCCCUGUCCUGUUCUCUGCUCUUGUGUGGAUGUGACCGACAAAUGGUCUAUGAGUUUUAUUUAAUUUUGAUGCUAUAAAAUGCAAAACCAAAUGCAUUGUGGGGGAAGGACAACUGACACUUAAAUUCCAUUUUUAAGACCUCUUUUAAUGUUUCUAUAUAUAAGUAUUGUACAUUUUGGUCUGUGUCAACUCUUCACAUUUUACCGAAGGGAAGGUAAAACGUUCAUUUAUGGAACUACUGAUGUAUGUUAGUUUGCAGCAUAUAUGAAACAAUAUUUCCCGCUUCCCUUUUUUAAUUUAUUUUAUACAUAGUAUAUAUUGAGUAAAAUGGCUUUUCAAGUGUAGAUUAACACUUAAACCAUAGGUAUUUAGCCUACCUUACGAAGAUUGAUUGCUAUACUAAUAUGUAGUAUAGUCAAAGCAUUAGUUUCUCCAAGUCUGACUGAAAUGUCAGUGACUUUGUCUUUCAGUUCAUGCAUUAUCUGUUAACAAGACAAUGUUAUGUCAAUAAGUGUAUUUCUUGUUCUGUAAGGUUAUAUUACAUGUAGUUUUCAAUAUUUAAAGCAAGUUUUCUGCAUACCUCUCACCUGUCUGUUUUUUAAUUGAUUGUGGAUUUUAUUCUGACUUUUCAUUGUGGUGCACAAUGAAUGAAUGCAGAUCAGUCAGAUUUUACUGUAAUUGAUGCAACAGUAAACCUGACCAGAAAGGCUUCUGACUUAUUUUUCAAAAGAGUAGCAAGCCAGCUAUGCGUGCAUGAUAAAAACUGGUGACCUAACUUACGGGUGCAGCAGUAUGAAAAGUCCACUUUAAGGAGGUUUGCCUGUAUUUUGUUUGAAAAGAGAUUAAUUGAUAUGUAUAGAUGUAAACAAAACAUUAAGCUCUGUGACAUCUGAUAAUCAUAGUAGUUACACACAUGUUCAGGGAAUUGAUUUCUGUAUGGAGACGUGAAAGAUUGGGUGGCACAGGUGUGUACCUGUUUGUUAAAACCACACAAUAUUAACAGUGAGAACUGAGCAGUUCUACCCCUAGCACAACAUGAAUAGAAGAACAUCAGAAUGAGGGUGCAGAGCAUUUCAGCCACCUGCAAAGGUUCACCAGAAACCUGUGGAGAUUUUGAGAAGUGCCUGAGGGAUUUAGAAGCAUAAAUGUUAUGACUUUCAGUGGGACUUGUCCAUCUAAGUAGUUGGGUCCUUUUGAAAAUCUCUUAAACCAGUGGCUAAAUGUAUAGCCUUAGGCUUCACAAAGAGAGUAGUAGCCUCAGAGUCCUUUAAUGACCUGACCAGUUGCCAAGGUGGUUUCUAAUUUUUUUGGCACUGUUCCCAUGUAACUUUCUAAUUAAUGUAUUGCCCUGCUACUGUUCUACCCACUUGGCUAAGAAAUCUUUUAUGUUUAACAGCUAUGUAUGUUCCUGUGUGUUAAUCUUGUUCACAGCAUUGUGUUCUUGAUCUGGCACACUUUAGACAUAAUGCUCUCUCUUACUUCCAGUGUAGACACUUGAGAGGUAUGACUUUUCCAUAUAAUAUGCACUGAAAUAGCAUUGCCAUCCUUCUAUAGAAAAAACUUUUGAUGAAACAAUAAAACAUUUUAAAUAUCAGCUUCA